AUGAUUACGAUAACGAUUGACACCUUGGUACUCUUGCUGAUAACCUGUCUGGGAGUGGUGGUCAAAGCGGAUAAUGCCUUUGCUGGAUGUUUCUCGAUAUUACCUUCGGCGACUACACAGGUGUCUGGAACUUUUACAUCUGCUACUGCCUGCGAUCAAGCAUGUCAAAGCAACAAACACUCUUUCUACCAAAAAUCAUCUCAGUCAUGCUUCUGUACCGACAAGUAUCCGUCCGAAGGAUAUUUCCAAUAUGGGACAGCAGAUACAUGUUCAGAUCCAACAUAUUACGAUGCCCGAAUCACACAUACUUCUUUCACUUGGAGCCCUAACUGUUAUUCCACUGCUCCGGGCGGAUUGACUUUUAGUACGUUGACAGGACCAGAUACGUGUUUGAAGAAUUGUGGGACAAGUUUGGGAGCGGUAUUUUACGUUAGCAGCGCUAAUGGUAAUUAUCAAUGCGGAUGUGGUCAGCCGACGAGUUUCGGUAGUACAACGCAAUGUGGACCGGGGACUUACUUUUAUUACUAUCACACGGCGGCUCAAGCAUCCCAAGGUCUCAGUAGGAAGAGACGUCUGGAAGAAGCGAGAAGGCGAGCUGUUCCUGCGUAUUGUCCCAGGGGUCUUACUGCGUGUCAAGUCGGAGAAACCAACGGAGCAUAUGAAUGUAUCGAUACCACUUCCGAGUUGGAGGCUUGCGGUGGAUGUCUUUAUGGUGCUCUCGGCUCAGGGAAUGCCACAAUUGGACAAGAUUGUACGACUAUGCCAGCUGUAAUGGGAGGUGUGACUUGCGAGAAUGGUCAGUGCGUAGCAUACAAAUGUCAAUCCGGAUUUGAGUUAGUAAAUCAGCGGUGUGUGGAAUCCAGAAGCCAUAAAAGCAAGAAACGAUGGUAG